AACACGCGGCUGUUUUCUCAGGACCUUCAGGUGGCUUUGGCUGGAAGUGGAGGAAGCUGAGCAGAACGCUGAGCAUUCCUGUUCUGCCUCAUGUAAGGGGAGUGGCCCUCUUGCUCAAAGGACUUUCUCUGCACCCCGUAUUCAUGGCAGGUCAGGAAGGGCUGUCGAAUGGAUCAUUUCCUUCUGAGGAUAUAAUUCCAAAUCUUUGCUCAUGUUGCCUUUAAAUCCUUCCUCCUUCUAAAAGACUUGAUAACAGCGAGCUGAGCCCCAACACCAGGAAAAGCAGGUCCCCACCCCUCCCCUUUCCUUACAGCCCAAGCAGGCUACUCUCAGGUCCAGAGGUCGCCCGGCCCCAGGGGUCAGAGCAGGGCAGGUGACCAGGCUGAGAAGUGGUUUCCCGGUGACGGUUGCGGGGGUGGGGGCGCACGCACCUUCUAGCACCUGGAAGCCCACCACGCCGUCCAGGUUGAUUCCAGGCAGCCUCUCCUCCAGGAACAAGGUGGCUCUCUCCAGUGCAGACAGGAUCAGGCCCACGAGGGUGGCCUUGCCCUCUGCGGUGUCCGGCCUGGGCAGUGAGGAGGGCUGCAGUGGUGGUGAAGCCAGCAGCAGCAGCAGGAGCAGCAGCCCUGGCCUCGCCAUUGUGGCACCAGGCACCCCCACCCAGUCUGGAAGGAGUUCGUGGGAGGGCACAUCCUACUCCGAAAGCACCCUCAGGGGCCACCCUGCGAGGAAAGUAGAAUUCCAGCUACAAAGGCGGCCACACCGGCACUUCAAAUCGUUCUCAUCGCCAUGUUAAAAAAGCAAAAUGCAGCAAGAAGCAGAUUCCAAACCCCACGAUGAGGUCUUGCAGAACGACAGAAUUCAGAUUGUGAAGCUGAUGGAACUUCAGAGUCUCACAGUUGGGCCCCCAGUUCUCCGGUACGGAGUCAAAGUUGUCUUUCAGGCAGUGUACUUGCUGUGGAAGUUGCUAUGGAGGGAACCAGCAGCCUAUAUCUUUCUUCAGAACCCCCCAGGCCUGCCUAGCAUCGCCGUCUGCUGGUUUGUGGGCUGCCUUUGUGGGAGCAAACUGGUCAUUGACUGGCACAACUAUGGCUACUCCAUCAUGGGCCUGGUGCACGGCCCCAAGCACCCCCUCGUUCUGCUGGCCAAGUGGUACGAGAGGUUCUUUGGGCGCCUGUCCCACCUGAACCUGUGUGUGACCAACGCCAUGCGGGAAGAUCUGGCUGAGAAUUGGCACAUCAAGGCUGUGACAGUCUACGACAAGCCAGCCUCUUUCUUUAAGGAGACGCCCCUGGACCUACAACACGAGCUCUUCGUGAAGCUGGGCCGCACCUACUCUCCGUUCAGGGCCUGCUCAGAGCCCUCGGGCCCUGCCACGGAGAGGUCGGCCUUCACUGAGAGGGAUACUCGCAGCGGGGAGGUGACACGUCUUUGCGGGCGGCCGGCGCUGCUGGUCAGCAGCACGAGCUGGACAGAGGACGAGGACUUCUCCAUCUUGCUGGCAGCUUUGGAAAAGUUUGAACAGCAGGCAUUUGACGGAGACAGCCUUCCUUCUCUGGUCUGUGUGAUAACAGGCAAAGGGCCACUGAAGGAGCAUUACAGCCGCCUCCUCGACCAGAAGCACUUCCAGCACAUCCAGGUGUGCACACCGUGGCUGGAGGCUGAGGACUACCCGUUGCUUCUAGGGUCGGCAGACCUGGGCGUCUGUCUGCACACGUCCUCCAGUGGCCUGGACCUGCCCAUGAAGGUGGUGGACAUGUUCGGGUGCUGCUUGCCUGUGUGCGCCGUGAACUUCAAGUGUCUGCAUGAGCUCGUGAAGCAUGGGGAGAACGGCCUGGUCUUUGAGGAUGCAGAGGCUCUGGCAGCUCAACUGCAGAUGCUCUUCUCAAAGUUUCCUGAUCCUGCUGGAAAACUGAACCAGUUCCGGAAGAACCUCCGGGAGUCAGAGCAGCUCCGAUGGGAUGAAAGCUGGCAGCGGACUGUGUUCCCUUUGGUUAUGGACAUGUGACCCUGCAGGCCCCAGACAACUGCCCUGACCAGUCGAGCUGGGUGGUGGGGUCUGAGCUGCACCAUACUGGGGACGGGGAGGCUCUCCCUAUCCCUGGCCUUCAAGCUUUGGUCCAGUGACCCCCAGUGGUCAAGCCAGAGGAUGACUGGAGACCGACUGGGAAGCUGGCCCUUCUGGCUUCUGGGAAGCUCUGAACCAGUUCGUCCUUCCUUCCGUCUGAGCACGUGACUCUUCUGGAACUUCCUGUCACCUCUUCCUCUUCCUUCCUCCCUGGGUGUUCGUCUCCUCUCCUGGCUCUGCCCCCAUCCUGCUCCUCUCCUCCAUUCUUGCCGUGAGGUCGGGCUGCAGCUUCCUGGGGCUGAGCGCACAGCUGUGGGAGUCCUACUUGUUAAAGACGUUUUUAUUUUUUACGAGGGCAAUACUUGCUUUUGAGCCAAAGCGUGCUUUCUGGUGGAUGGUGAUGAGGACGGGAGGGCGGCACCCACACGCUCAGUCUGUACUUCAUUGGAACAGUUUGUUUCCCGAGUUGGAACGUACCGUUCUCCACUCAGGUCCAGAGCAAGUUUCAUCAGCUCUGCCCCGUGGAAG